AUAUUUAAUCCUGUAUUUUAACAGAUUCAGCUACCUGCCACUCAAUGCUCCAAGGCCAAGCUGUGCCAGUGCUCUGUUGCACACAGUUCAGUGCAUGAUUGUGUUAGAAUUGAUUGAGCUGCGUGAACUUGGUGCUGCUAGAUCACUUCUGAGACAGACUGAUCCGAUGAUCAUGCUUAAACAGAACCAAGCUGAUAGAUAUGUUCAUCUAGAAAACCUCUUAGCUAGAUCCUACUUUGAUCCACGUGAAGCUUAUCCUGAUGGGAGUAGUAAGGAAAGAAGAAGAGCAGCCAUUGCCCAAGCUCUCUCAGGUGAGGUGAGUGUGGUACCUCCAUCACGUCUAUUAGCCUUACUAGGUCAGGCUCUUAAAUGGCAGCAACAUCAGGGUCUGUUACCUCCAGGUGUUACCAUAGAUUUAUUCAAGGGUAAGGCAGCUGUCAGGGAUGAGGAAGAAGAGAAGUAUCCAACACAACUUAGUAAGACCAUCAAGGUAAGUAUAUAUUUAGGCCCUUAUUCUGUUCUAAACUAUGGAUAGCCAAUUGUGACAUUAAUCUCUUAACAGUUUAGGUUUAGUCUAAUCAGUUCAUUUGACUCUCAAAUCAUUGUUAACCUUUUGAACCCUGAAUUAUUUGGGACAGUUUUGACCCUCGUGAACCUUGAGUUAUUUUGUGCAUGUCAAGCAUGUUGGUUAGAUGAAUACAUUUAAAAUAAAUGAGCUCCUUCUCUACCAAUGAUUAGAGCCCCAAUGGUAUCUGCCACCCUGGGGCCCGUUUCUCAACACAUGGACAAGUUAGUCAUAUCUUUAUCCACCAACCACGGAGUUCCAAUCUUACU